AUGCGGGAGGUGGCCUGCCGCAGGGGCGCCCCCGUUGUGCAGGCACAGCUUGCGGCAGCAUCCUCAAGCUUCGCGGCCUUCGUUAUUGAAGAUCUGCAGACGAGCUUGUGCAGGCCGCCGCCCCGGGGCACCAGGCCCUCAUUGGCAGCCAAGCCGCAGGCAGGGCUAUGCUUGCUAUAUCAUGACGAUGUGCACGUUGAAUGCUGGCUCUGCGUUGCGGAUUGUCGAGAUUCUUCGAUCGGUGCUUCGUUUUCACCUUUAAGCACCCACAAGCCGACCACGGCAAACAGAACCCACGAACACCACCAGAAGCACCAUUGCCAGCGUCACCACUGGUAG